AUGCCGGUCGGGAAUACGUUGCGAAAGCUCCUCUGUUGCUCAGACACGCACACGCAGGAGGAUACCCCGAUUGAUAUAGGUCCUGUCCGCGACAAGGCACCGGCACUGGAGCAGCCAGAGCCAUCCCGGACGGUUCACGCCAGCGAGAGUGAGGCCGAGGUGUCGGCUUCUGAAGGCGGGUUGAACACGGUUGACGCUACGAAGCCGAACGAGGGUACAGUCGAUCUUCAGGACUCGACGACGACGACAGGACAGGACUCGAAGCGACGAGGCUCCCAGGACGCUGCCUCUGGACAGCAGGAGUCAUCAUAUCACGAUGAAGGAAUCGUUGAUCCUGCCAAGCGUCUAUCGUUGGAGCUAUCGCUCGGACGCCAAACCUUCGACGAUGCCAAGAACGCUGCUUCCGAUAUGGGACUCGUCAAUCCCGCGUUGGGGAAGGUUACGACGGCCGUAGAUGGACUGCAGAAAGCGACGCCGACCGCGUCGUCCCUGGCGCAGACAUGGUCGCCGCUGUUCGAGAGGCUGAGGAAGUUCACGGAGCUCGUCGACAAGAUCGCCGAGGUCCAUCCGUACGCGAACAUGGCUUGGACCGUUCUCUCGGCCGUGCAGAGGGGCAUCAUCGCGCAAAUGGAGCUUGAUCAAUCGGUGAAGUCUCUUCUGGAUACGCUCGCGGCCACCUACGACUUCAUGGAUGAGGCCCAGCCGUUAGCGCGUCACGGCGUCGAGCCCGCGACGAAACUACUCUUGGCUCUUGCGCAGCAGACGAUCGAAUGUGGUUACUUCAUACGAGACUAUACGAGUCAAAAGAACUUCGUGCCAAGGAUGGUGACGAACGCGCUGAAGGUCGUCGCUCAUCCCUCGGACACCGCAUCCGCGAAGGUCGACGCCUACAAAGCCAAGUUCGCGGAGAUCAAGUCUCGUCUCUUGGAAGGAUCAACGAUCAGGACCGAGAUACUGGUCAACACGGUCCUUAACACGGUCGAAGAGAUAGCUGUUGAGGCCCGGAUGGCACCGUUGGUGCAAGCGUGCGCCAAAGGCUCUCGAUUCAACAGGGAAAAGAUCUGUCUCCCAGGGACUCGCCGAGCGGUCUUGAAGAUGAUAUGCGAUUGGAUAAACGACCCGAUGGAUUCGCACCGUCUACUCGUGCUCUCUGGACCAGCGGGAUCGGGUAAAUCGGCGAUCGCCCAUACCAUCGCGUUGAUGUUCCACCUGUUGCGGCGCUUGGGAGCAUCGUAUUGCUUUGAUAGGUCGAAGGCGGAGCUCACCAGCGCCUCUCCGGUCUUCCCCACCAUCGCUCGUGACCUCUCCGAGUGCGAUCCUCAGAUACGACGAACACUCUCGCAUGCCAUCUCGCAGGGAUCCGCCCUCGUUGGUUCCGACAGCCUCGCCGAGCAGUUUGAGCAGUUCAUCGUGAACCCUGCGAAACAGCUCGCGAUCUCGGGCCCUGUCGUCAUCGUCAUAGAUGCGUUGGACGAAUGCAUGGAUUUGGACCGUAGCCGUCUGUUGUCAAUUUUGGCAAGCAAGAAGGAUGAGCACGCACUCCCAUCGAACUUUCGCAUCCUUGUGACUUGUCGGUCAGAGCCCGACAUUACGGACACGCUCCGGCGGGCACCGCUAGACCUGAUCAAUGUGCAAUCAAUGGAGGACGUGAUGAAAGAAUCCGCCAAUGAUGAGGAUAUACGCGAAUAUGUUCGUGAUGAGUUAUCCAAAUCCUCCGGUGAACCCAGCAACCUUAAGGCGGACCCGAAGGACCUCGAGGAGAAGUGUGCUGUUAUUGCGGGUUCAGCCGAAGGAUUGUUUCAGUGGGCGGCGACGGCUUGCCGCUUUUUAGCAUCGCGGAACUCAGGGAUGACCACUAAGCAGCGCUUGAGGAUCAUCUCACGCGACAAAACCACGGAUACGAAUAAGGGACCUCUAGAUGAACUCUACCUGCGAGUGCUGCGUGCAACGUUCCGCCCCGACGCUCCGGAGGCCAUGAAAAACUUUCGACAGGUGAUGAGCUUGUUGCUGGCAGCGAAGGAGCCGCUCUCAAUCUCCGACUUGCGGGACGUACUCUGGGGACCAGGCAAUGAUAUAGAUCUCGAUCCCGAAGCGAUUGAAGUCGUACUCACAUGCAUGGGGGCGCUUCUAUCCGGCACGGAUCACUUCCAAACUAUUGUCCGCCCGUUUCAUACUUCGUUUCGUGACUUCCUCCUGCAUCAUGAACGUAGCGAGGAGUUCGUUAUCACCCUAGGCGGCAAUGAACACCGAAUGUUUUUACGCGGUACUAUAGGUCUUCUUCUCAGCGAGAAGCUGCACUUUAACAUGUGUAGACUCGAGACAUCCUACCGUCUCAACACGGAUUACCCUGACUUAGAGGAGCGUGUACGCACGAACAUCCCGUCGAGCUUGAUUUAUUCCGCGCGCUACUGGGCCGAUCAUCUCGAGGAAAUGGCAUACAACUCCGACCUGCUGCAAAUGGCGGAACGACUGCUGAAAGACAAGUUCCUGUUCUGGCUCGAGCUCCUGAGUCUUCUAGGGUCCGUUCCUACCUGCGCAUGGGCACUCCUGAAGCUCGAACAGUGGACACCUCGGGCAGGUCUUUUCGACACUGCGGAAGGACUGGAAACAGUCUCAAUUAUUGAGGACUUCCUGAAGUUCAUCCGGGCUUUUGGGGUAGUGAUCGGGUCUUCUGCUCCCCACAUUUAUCUCUCAGCCAUACCUUUCGCACCGACGAGGUCACAAGUGCGGCGGCUGUACGAAUCGAAGCUCCCCGGAAGAGCUGUGGUGGUGUGCGGUGGAUCAUCAGAAUGGCCCGCCUUAGAAUGCACCAUGGACUGCAAUGGCGGCAUCCUCUGCGCGGAAUUCUCUGAUGAUGGAAAACACAUCUUCUUUGUCUCGGACGGAUCGUUAUGCUGCACUAUACAUGUGCGGGAUGCGGCGACUGGACAGCCAGCGCGUCGACCUGUGCGCUGUGAUACAGAUAGUUAUGUCGAGUCUGCCACCUUCUCCUCAGAGCGAGACUUUGUAGUGGUGGGGUUGAAGAACGGCACCAUUCAGGUUUGGAAUACCUCCACAGGGCAGCAUAUUCACACGCUCAGAGGGCAUACAGAUUAUGUUCGAAUGGUCGCUUUCUCUCCUGACGGCAAACAGAUUGUGUCGGGCUCGGAUGACAAGACAGUCUGUAUUUGGAAUGUGCAGUCUGAGAAGCUUGUCCAUCCACCGCUCCAGCAUACGCACGGGGUCUCUUCCGUUGCUUUCUCGCCCGACUCCAACUGGGUGGUCUCAGGUUCAGCAGACAUUUACUUAUGGGAUACCACAGCGGGAACACUCGUGCACGAGCCAUUGCGCGGCCGUCCAUACGGUAUAUCCGAUGUCGCAUUCUCACAGAACGGAAAAUGGAUUGCUUCGGGCGACGAGACCGUGCAGCUGUGGGAUGCCGAGUCUGGCCAGCCUAUCGGGUCUCCUCUUCCGGCCCACACUAGCUUUGUCAUAGCGUUGGCAAUCUCCCCGGACAGCAAAUUUGUUGUAUCCGGUUCUGUAGACGGUGUCAUUCAUCUCUGGGACACAACAGAACGGGCCCUUUGCACGACUUUCCAUGGUCACAUGACCGCGGUAGGAUCUGUGGCGUUCUCGGGAGACGGCCAGUACAUCGUCUCCGGAUCAUACGACAAUACUGUGCGCGUGUGGAACACUUCAACCCGACGCACUGAGAAGAACAUUGUCAGAAGACACGCUGGUCUGGGCAGCGGUAUGGCUAUUUCGCCGGAUGGGGAGCGUAUUGUCACUUGGCAGCUCAAAGGCAUUUGUGUGUGGGACGUGUCAAUGGGAAUGCCUGUUCAAGGCCAGCACUGGCCAGAGCACACAGCCGGCAUACUCUACAUUACGUUCUUACCCGAUGGACGCCGCGUCUUGUCGUGGUCAGAGGAUGGCAACGUUUGCGUGUGGGAAGUCUCCACCGGCCAACAGAUUCGUCAAUUCCAAGUUCCUACCUCGGGAUCCAGUAGGCUUUUCUCGGGAGCAAUAUCUCCGGACGGGCGAUAUAUCGCAUUAUCAAGAUUAGAAAGGAUUAUACACGUAUGGGACAUCACCACCGGGGAGCGUUCGCAGGAACCUCUCAAAAGGCACACUGGUUAUGUCGCAUCCCUUGCAUUCUCUCCAGACGGGAAGCGCAUCGCAUCGGGCGCAUGGGACAAUACGAUACGUCUAUGGGACGUCGAGACACGUCCAUCAGGAAAUGCCCCCUCUGGCAAAGUUCUACAUAUAGGAAUACAUAGUUCAUAA